AUGUUCGCACCCCAGUCAAAACUCGUCGCCUUUCCGCAACAACUCGUUCGGCGCGUUCGGCAACACCACCUCGGGCGCCAACAACACCUCGUCGCCCGGUGGGACGUCGUUCAACCCGGCCUCGACCUCGACCACCAACCAGAACCCAUCCUGGGCGCAUCUUCCUCCUUCUACAGUACACAACCCAAUCAGCAACAAGUGCGGGGACAACAACAUGGUCAACAGCAGCAGCACGGACAGCAGGCACAACAAGGCCAAGGACAAGUCUUUGGUAACUCGCAGGCUUACUCGAGCUGGAACCAGCCCGCUCAAUCGAGCUACAACCACCACACCAAUGUCGCAUCACCCGCCACGGGGGGUUUAUCGAACCAGGGUACACCCUUGGGCUCCCAACCUCCUCGCAAGAACUACCUCCCUGGAUACCUUUCGGGUGGUGCCGCUCUGGGACCAGUCAGUCUUUUCGCUCUUCGCUCUUUCACCGCCCAGCUGCUGAUCCUUACUCGAUCAUCUGUCCAGUCCGACUCGAGCGGUGAUUCCCCCUCCUUCAACCACCAAGAUAACUCGCGAGUAGGCACGAGUGCAUGGGAUUCGCCCAUGCCGAGCGCCUCCGAGUCGAGCAUCAAUCGGAGGUCGUCCUUGUCCGGCUCGCCUGGAUCCCGGUUCGGGGCGAGUCAAUCCUUAUUCGGAAUCUCUUCUCAGAGGGAUGCGUAAGUGUUCCGCGUGGACCGGUUCUUAAUUUUCAGCACUCAUAAGUCGUUGACGAGACGCCUCCCACAGCUCGAAUCCCGCCCGUUCACCAUCGAGUUUCACCGCCCGUCAACUCCCCUACGGUCGCAACAGCCAUCUCUCGUCCCAAAACGCCAUGGACGACGACGCACCUCCCAUUUCGUCGCUGAACGAAUUCACCUCGGACAAUAACACCCUCCCUUCUUCCCUCACUUCGGCGACGAACGCUUCCUCGUCCCCCUUUUCUCCGACCCACACCCCUCUCGCUCCCGCACCUUCUUCGCACACUACCAACUCGCCCGGAUACCCCGUCCACAUCUUUGGAUUUCCUUCCACCUCAACCGAAACCGUGUUGUCCUACUUUUCCCAAUUCGGCAGCGUCGAAUCAUACAAGACCUCGGAGGAAGGAGGUAAUUGGCUCACGCUGAUUUAUAGCGAACCUUCGUCGGCGUUGAGAGCGAGUCGGAAGAAUGGGGUCGUUUUGGGGAGGGUGUUGAUGGUCGGGGUCAAGGUGGUGGAUGAGGACGAAUUGAGGAAAGCGAUUGCUUUGGUUUCGGGGACGAACUCGUUUGGGAAUGGGGUCGGAGAAGGCGAGAGGGAAGGUGCCUUGACGACCACGUCGACGAAUACCAUAACGGGUGCAGGGUCGAACCUCCAAGCCAUGGGGAAAGCCAACGGUCUCAACGCCGUCGGCGCUGGUUCGUCUAGUAGUCGACCCGUCAACGUCCGAGGCCCACAACAAGCUUUCAAAGCCACGCCCAAGAAAUCCUUUCUUUCCUCCGCCGCGCAAGUAGCAGCUUCGUCGGGGACACCUGCUUCCAAGGAGAGGGAGGCGAUGGGUAUGCGAAUUUGUUUGAGGAUAAGCAGAGGAUCGCACAGAGAAAUGCGACGGGGGUCGUGGGUGCUGGGACGGGGAACGCGGGCGGGAAGGGGGUGUUGGGCAAGGUUAGUGAUGCGAUUUUUGGGUGGUGAGGAUAAGAGGGGUCGCGUGUGUUGUGCUCAUUUUGAGCGGGGAAUGGAGCAUGAUAUUCUUAUGACGUCGAUUGAGAUUGGUGCUGUAUGA